CGCUUCAGUUUCAUGCAAGUUGUCGGCCAGAGGAAAUUUUGCAAGUCAUGGUGGGCCAUUCAAACCAAGAGAGGAGUGACAACCAUAUAUAUAUAUAUAUAUAUUCUUAUAUAUAUAUAUAUAUAAGAAUUUAAGGGCGUAGAUAGCUGGAAGUGACUAAUGACCGUGGCCGUGGCCGUGUAAGCAUAUGGAGACAUUCUGAGUCAUUUGUAAGAAAACACUCCCUGAGCUGGACAAAGUUUUGAACGUGAAUGUACGCAAACAGAUACCUUGGAUAAAAGGUGGACAAUACUGAAGUGAUAAUUAUUUCAUCAAGGAUUAUAAUUUAUAUUACCUUUAUCUUUGGUUCUGUUUUUUUAAGACGCACAUGACUGGAAAAGGAAGACUACCCCUUUAUUUUGUGUCUUUCAUUUAAAUCUGCUUCAGUUUUAUAUUUUAUAAAAGACUGUUUGUAACCUAAAUCGGUUUGACUUUUAUUUGUGUGUCAUUUUUGUUUUUGCUUUUUAGUUUUUUUCUUUUCUUUUUUUGUUCCUUUGCAAAGAAAUGCUUUACUUGAAAAAGUACUUCACAGAGGGUCUUAUUCAGCUCACUAUCCUCCUGAGUCUAGUUGGGGUAAGGGUAGACUUGGACACUUACUUAUAUAAUCAGCUCCCCCCACUACGUGAGAUCAUCCUGGGCCCCAGCUCGGCCUACACCCAGACACAGUUCCACAAUAUCCGUAACACCCUGGACGGCUAUGGCAUCCAUCCUAAAAGUGUGGACCUGGACCAUUUUUUUGCCACUCGUCGGUUGCUGAACCAGGUGCGCUCGCUUGAUCAUCUGCGCGUGCCCAGCACCGAGCUGAGUGCCUGGCUGGUGCAUCGUGACCCUGAGACUGUGGUUUCAGCAACCAGCCAGUCUGGCCCCAGCAUUGCCCUGGACAAUGGGGGCAGCCUGGAGGACGUGAACAACGAAGCCUCAGCCAUGAGAGGGGCUGGAGGUGCUUCUGAGACAACUUACAGCCUCAGUGGAGAGGACAGUCUGGGAGCUGUGGCCCCUGAGGACAAUCAGGAGCAAGGGGAACGACAGAGCAAUGACGACCUCUCCAAAGAGGACAUUGACCUCAUAGACAUCCUUUGGAGGCAGGAUAUUGACCUUGGUGCUGGACGAGAAGUAUUUAACUAUAGCAGUCGACAGAAGGAUAGUGAGGCUGAUAAACCUAAUGAAGAGAAUGAGGAGGCAGGUGAAAGAGAGGAAAACUGGAGAAAUGGACUUAAUCUGCAAGCCGUGCAGAGCCUAACGCAUGUUGAUGGAGAGACAGGAGAGAGCAUACCUGAGGAGCUUACCAGUCUUGGUGCUCAAACUUCAUUAUCCCUGCAGGAAUGUCUGAGGCUUCUGGAGGCCACCUUUCCAUUUGGAGAGGAACCAGAGAUGAGAGAUCCAACUGAGGAAACUCCCUCUACUUCACAUGGGCUACCUAUUCAGCCCUCUCUAUCCCAGUCUGAUACACCACUAGACAUGGAGCAGCAGUGGCAGGACAUCAUGUCCAUAAUGGAGCUGCAGGACAUGGAGGUAAACAAUACUGCAGUAAACGUCACCAUGAAUAAUGACCCCAAUAAUAAUAAUGCCAACACUACAGAAUCCUCCACAAUGGGGAGUUUUAGUCUCCCACAAUCCAAUCUAAUUAAUCAGGAUGUUAGCCUCCACCAGGCUUCACUUCCCAGCUGCAGCCAGGACUUCCCAACACUCUUCAACCCUGAGUUGGAUUCCACUGGGGGGCAGCAGCCUACCUUAGUCAGGCUUUCUUCCAGCAAUUCCUCCAACAUCAAUUCAACAUUUGGAGCUACUAACCUUACUGGAAUCUUUCUCCCACCACCUCUAAACAGUACAACCAACAUAACCAACACUCCUGUACUGCCAGACCCUUUCUCCAGCCUGCUGGAAGAGUCUAUGCUUGACGAAAUUAGCCUGCUAGACCUUGCAAUGGAAGAGGGCUUUAGCCAAGCCCAGGCUUCUCAGCUUGAGGAUGAGCUUGAUUCAGACUCCGGUCUUUCAUUGGACUCCAGCCAUAGCCCGGCCUCUCCCAGCAACUCUGAGACAUCCUGCUCAUCUGCGGCAUCGUCCUCAUCUACUUCUGCCACAUUCUCAGAAGAAGGUGCUGUAGGCUACAGCACUGACUCUGAGGCAGCCACAGCAGAAGUGGAGGAAGGAGCAGUCGGAGGUUACCAGCCAGAGUAUAGCAAGCUGUGCCGCAUGAGCCACCAAGAUCCUUCUCAGUUCCAUGGCAUUCCACGUUUGGAAAGUGUCAAUCACAACCACACCUACAAUCUACCACUGGCAUCAUCCUACUCCGAGUGCUCUCUGUUGUGUGAGUCCAAUAACAAGAAAGGCAGAGACAAACAACUGCAGCAAACAAAGCUCCAUCCACCAUUAGACUGUGAGGACAGGCAGUCAAGCCGUGAUGAACGUAGGGCAAGAGCCAUGGACAUCCCAUUCUCGAAUGAAAAGAUCAUUAACCUGCCUGUUGACGAGUUCAAUGAGCUUCUGGCAAAGCAUCAUCUUAAUGAGGACCAGCUCGCCCUCAUUCGUGACAUCCGCCGGCGCGGAAAAAACAAGAUGGCAGCACAGAACUGCCGCAAGCGCAAGCUAGAUACCAUCCUUAACCUUGAGCAGGGCAUGCAGGAUCUACGAUGCGAUAAGGCUCGGCUGCAGAAGGAGAAGAUGGAGUGCCUUAAGUGCAUCAGCCAGAUGAAUCAGAAGUUUCAGAAACUUUACCAGGAAGUGUUUGCACAACUGCGGGAUGAGGAAGGCAGACCCUACUCUGCUAGCGAGUACUUUCUGCAGUGCAGCCCUGACGGUAGCGUUCUCCUCAUGCCUCGUAGUAUGACCACAGAACAAGGCAACAAGCCUGACAAGAAGCAGAAGGACAAAAAGAAGUGAGGAGCAUGAACUGCUGCCCUUUUUAUGUUUUGCAAAAGCACUACCAUAAAGUAUUUUAAAAGGCAAGGAAGCCUUUUUCUUUGAAAAGAAUCUAGCAAGGAGAAGAAAAUUGCAUCAAUUUAUUCCUACUCUUCCUGCUUUGGGUUUUUUGUGUUCCUUUUUAGUUCAGACAUUUUCUCCUGAAAGCAGCAUUAAAGCAAAUGUGCUUUAUGUAGAACUGAUUUUUUUCAUUGAUGUACAUGUAUUGAGAAGGAUUUGAGCAAAGGGCACUUUCAGAUGAAUGGAAAGAAUUGAGAAGAAUGUGAGGCCUUGGAGGGCAUAGGUCCAUCUUUAACAAAGGACACUGACAAGAUGCCCUUGUGAUAAAUUGGAAGAGCUGACAUGAUGGUCCCAAAAAAAUUAGCCAAUGAAAAUACACAUGAAACUAAUGUAUGUUGUUGACAAUGAGGAUGGAAGGAUUGUUAGAAUUUGUAGCAUUGGCCCAGGGCUAUGUUCUUUGGCCGUACCCUGGGAUCACAUUGGUGGUUGAUUAAGAACCCCUUGAUUUGGAGAGCUGGAAGAAAGAGCCUGCUAGGCUGAGCAUUAAAAAGCUAAAAGUAUUGAGAAGCCAAAAGAAAAUACAGGGAGGUCAAUACUAACCAAAGGUUGUGUUGUAUGACUCUUUUGUUCCCAUAACAAAAUCACACUGGUCAAAUAAUGGUGUUGAUUUAAAUUCACAUUUUCACUUCUAAAGAAUGAAAAUAGUACAUUUCUGUCAUUGGAUAGAAAUCUCACCAGAAAUAUCUCGGGACAUUCAAUGCCAUUUGUCAAGUAGCUGGGAGAACAUAACAAAUAGUAAUUUAGCUUUGAGGCUUAAGGAAAAUAAUUGGAUAAGAAGAGGUAAAGAUGGAAGAUGGAUGCACUCUGCAUUACUAAUAAAUCAGCUUCUGGACACUUUUCUGCACUAUAAAUCAACACUGUAGUUUGAUUAUAAGAUUUUGGUCUUUAACUUUUUUCCUCUUCUGUUGGGGAAAGUCCCUCCUGUCAGGUUUUUAUGUUAUUCUCCCAUGUGCAUACUAGACUUUUUAAAAAGCCUGUGAUGAGGAGUAGGGCGGGGCUGAGCCUUGAAGACACACGGCCUGCCCUGAAUCGGGCUAAUCAGCCGGAAGGGGGAUAAAGAUGAGACUGAGGCGCCAGGUCAAUGGAGAGAUAGAUGCAUGUGGCUGUGCUGCACAUUUGUUUAUGUUAGUUUUAAGUUUACCAUUAAACUUUAUGUUUAAUGUUCAGCCAAUUCCUGCCUCCUCCCUGCCCAUAUUUUAACUGUUACAGUGGUGCUGAAACCCUGGAAGGAGGAGGGAUGCGCUGUCGCAGAGUACUUGCCGCUUCCGUCCACCAAAGCAGCAGCCGUGGCUGUCUGACUGGGGAUGGAGGGUCCCUGCCGAGAGCCGGAGGACUCACUGUUGUCCGCAGGGGGAGGAGCAAGCUGGCGUCUGCUAGAGGGCAGAGGAGCGGUAGAGGACUGGGCGACAGUGUGUCCGGGAGCCGGCGAACAAGUUUUUCUCUCUCUCUCUCUAUGUUGCUCCGCCUUGCUCUUUCCCUCUCAACUGUCCCUCCACUCGUCUCUCCCAGGGCUCCAAAAAAGUGAGGAAGACCUGCCGGUAGGCACAGUCUGAAACGCAACGCCCCCACCCUCAAGGAAGGGAGGGGAAUGCGUCAUGCCGGGGGUCAGCCAUGCUGCACAUUUAUUUAUGUUGGUUUUCCCGCCUCCUCCUUUCCCAUCUUUUAACUGUUACAAAGCCAUUAGACAUUGGACACCUGGUAAGUGGCUUCCUAGUGUAUGCAUCUGAAUUAUGUGAUAAGUCUGGAGUUGUUGUUAUGUAAGAUUAACUGAAAUGAACUAAUUUGCUAAAGUUCAUUUUUAGCCUUUGUUGCAGGCCAAAAUGUUCUGUUGCGGGGUAUCUUAUGCCAGUGGUUUUCUUUCUGUUGUAGUGUUUUCUUCUUAAGGAACUAAUUUUAUUGUUAACAAAAAAUUUACAUUAGUUCCAGACACAGCUCAUUCUAAGGAAUCCAGAUAUUCCUUAGCUGGGUCAAACGUCUUAGAUUAAUGUGUGAUGUAAACCUCUGUCUCUCACUUUUAUUUUGCAAAUAUGUUACCCACUGCACAUACACACACACACUACUUCUACAAUAGUACCUUCAUUGUUAAUUGAGUGAGGUUUAAGCUGUUAGGUUUGUGCCAAUAAACCAACUGGAUUGUGCUUUAGUGCAGCCUAAGAAAACAGCUGACCUAGUCACUGGCAUAUCAUUGAAAUGGGGGGGGGGGGUCGACAGUAACACUGAUAUCAAUGUCCAAUAUACAUAAUGUUCAUCUUCAUUCUCUCCUGUAAGUCUCUGUCGCUUGCUUCUACACUGUUCAUAUAGUACCAUGUGGCACAGUCAGCAUCUAGUUUGGUGCAACAUGAAUAAAUAUGCAAGAAAAUUUUAUUUUUGUCUCCAAAAGGAUAAAGAGACAAUCUUUAUUUACUGGUUACAAAUAAUUAGUAUAGUUGGGUUAGAGAUAAUGAAAAAAGAUGAGCGAUUCAUUAGAUGAACUUUGAAUCCAUGUUACAAUGUCAUAACUACUUGUCUUUAAGCACUGUUCUUUUUGUUUGUCUUGUUUGUUUGUUAAUAUUUUUAUGUUCUGUUUGUCUCUUGUCCUGAUUGCUUGGUUUAGCCAGGCCCUUUUGCACCUUCUUUAAAUUUGCCUGUUCAGAGUAUUCCUAUUUGAUUAAUGUUGAGAGAUUUGCUGGCAAUCUGGAAUUGUUCUUUUAUUAAUUAAUAAACCUUUGUUUAAUUUACUUGUUUUUGUUUGUUUUUUAAGUGAAAAUUUUUGUAAUUCAACAAAAGGAACUCUUCUGUCAGAAAUAUGAAUUCAAAGCUGUCCACUGUGGGGUUGCAAAUUUAAGGGUCACUUGAAAAUCUGUUCAUUCUCCAUCACUCCCAUGUAAUCACAUGAAAAACUAAAGUGAUAUACAGUACAUUGUAUGUAUGGGGUAUUGAAAGCGAGCAC